GCCCGCCGGCGCUGCUUAUUAGGGCUGGGGAGUGGGGCGCCGUGUGGUGCCCGCAAGGGACCGUCCUCCUCCGUCUCCGGGCCCACUGGACAUCUUUGAAACUGAGCCCGUGACAGAGCCCCUCGGAGGCAGCAGGCCAGAGCUCCGGGAACCCGGUUAGGGUCCAGCUCCGCGGAGAUGCCAGCAGCUCGCCGGUUCCCUGGCCUGGAGCUCUCCUUUCCUUUCCUGGCCAGACUUCGGUGGCGACUGUACACAAGGCUGGGGAGCAGCAGCAUGCAGCCCGAGGAGGGCACAGGCUGGCUGUUGGAGCUACUGUCCGAGGUGCAGUUACAGCAGUACUUCCUGCGGCUCCGUGAUGACCUCAACGUCACCCGCCUGUCCCACUUUGAGUACGUCAAGAAUGAGGACCUGGAGAAGAUCGGCAUGGGCCGGCCUGGCCAGCGGCGGCUGUGGGAGGCCGUGAAACGAAGGAAGGCCCUGUGUAAACGCAAGUCUUGGAUGAGCAAGGUGUUCAGUGGAAAGCGGCCGGAGGCUGAGUUCCCCCCCCAUCACUCCCAGAGCACCUUCCGGAAGCCCUCUGCCCACUCGGGCAGCCCCGCUACAGGGGAGGGCGCCCUGCAGAGCCUUACCUGCCUCAUCGCUGAGAAGGACCUGCGGCUCUUGGAGAAGCUGGGGGACGGCUCCUUCGGUGUGGUGCGCAGGGGCGAGUGGGACGCCCCCUCGGGAAAGUCGGUGAGUGUGGCUGUGAAGUGCCUGAAACCUGAUGUGCUGAGCCAGCCAGAAGCUAUGGACGACUUCAUCCGGGAGGUUAAUGCCAUGCAUUCACUGGACCACCGGAACCUCAUCCGCCUGUAUGGUGUGGUGCUUACACCACCCAUGAAGAUGGUGACAGAACUUGCCCCUCUGGGAUCGCUGUUGGACCGGCUGCGCAAGCAUCAGGGUCACUUCCUCCUGGGGACUCUUAGCCGCUACGCUGUGCAGGUGGCCGAGGGCAUGGGCUACCUGGAAUCCAAGCGCUUCAUUCACCGUGACCUGGCUGCCCGCAACCUGCUGCUGGCCACCAGAGAUCUGGUCAAGAUUGGGGACUUCGGGCUGAUGCGUGCACUGCCCCAGAACGAUGACCACUACGUCAUGCAGGAGCAUCGCAAGGUGCCCUUUGCCUGGUGUGCCCCCGAGAGCUUGAAGACGCGCACCUUCUCCCAUGCCAGCGACACCUGGAUGUUUGGGGUUACCUUAUGGGAGAUGUUCACCUAUGGCCAGGAGCCUUGGAUUGGCCUCAAUGGCAGUCAGAUCCUGCACAAGAUUGACAAGGAAGGGGAGCGCCUGCCCCGGCCCGAGGACUGCCCGCAGGAUGUCUACAAUGUCAUGGUCCAGUGCUGGGCUCACAAGCCGGAGGAUAGGCCCACCUUCGUGGCAUUGCGGGAUUUCCUGUUGGAGGCCCAGCCCACUGACAUGCGGGCCCUGCAGGACUUCGAGGAGCCUGACAAGCUGCAUAUCCAGAUGAAUGACGUCAUCACUGUCAUCGAGGGCAGGGCCGAGAACUACUGGUGGCGUGGACAGAACACAAGGACGCUCUGCGUGGGGCCCUUCCCUCGAAAUGUGGUGACUUCAGUGGCCGGCCUGUCGGCACAGGACAUCAGCCAGCCGCUUCAGAACAGCUUCAUCCACACGGGGCAUGGCGACAGUGACCCGCGCCACUGCUGGGGCUUCCCCGACAAGAUUGAUGAACUCUAUCUGGGGAACCCCAUGGAUCCUCCUGACUUACUGAGUGUGGAGCUCAGCGCCUCGCACCCUGCCCCACAUCUCAGAAGGGUGAAAAGGGAGCCUCCGCCUCGCCCACCGCAGCCCAUCAUCUUCACUCAGAAGCCCACCUAUGACCCUGUAAGUGAGGACCAAGACCCGCUGUCCAGUGACUUCAAGCGACUCAGCCUGCGGAAGCCCGGCCUGCCCCGUGGGCUUUGGCUGGCAAAGCCGUCGGCCCGGGUGCCCGGCACCAAGGCGGGCCGUGGUGGCCCUGGGGGAACUGAGGUCACUCUCAUUGACUUUGGGGAGGAGCCUGUGGUCCCAGCCCCGCUGCCCUUCGCCCCCUCGCUGGCACAGUUAGCCCUGGACGCCUGCUCCUUGCUGGACAAAACCCCACCCCAGAGCCCCACACAGGCGCUGCCGCGGCCCCUGCACCCCACACCCGUGGUGGACUGGGACGCGCGCCCCUUGCCCCCGCCUCCUGCAUAUGACGAUGUGGCCCAGGACGAGGAGGACUUCGAGGUCUGCUCCAUCAACAGUGCUCUUGCGGGCGCAGGCUCCUCUCCCACCCCCAGCGGCUGCGGGGAGUCCAGCAAUGCCUUUGGGCCUGAGCAGGUGCAGCGCCUCCCAGCUCUGGAGGACAACCUGUUCCUCCCGCCCCGGGAAGCCCGCACGCCCCCCAGCUCAGCGCAGACAUCGGAGAUCUUCCAGGCGCUGCAGCAGGAGUGCAUGCUACACCUGCAGGGCCCCAGUGUCCCUGGAGGGGACCACAAGCCUCAGGUGCCCCCGCGGGUACCCAUCCCCCCGAGGCCUACACGUCCACGGGCCGAGCUGUCUCCAGCCCUUUCUGGUGAAGAGGAGACGGGGCAGUGGUCUGGACUCGCAUCCCCGCCCCGCUUGCCUCCCCGGGAGCCCAGAUCCCCUCAGGUUUCCAGGACGCCCAGCCCCUUGGUACCGCCUGGCAGCUCCCCGCUGCCCCUACGGCUCUCCAGCUCACCUGUGAAGGUCAUGCCCACCACCCAGAGCUUUGCCUCCGACCCCAAGUACGCCACCCCGCAGGUGACCCAGGUCCUCAGUGCCCGCUCUGGGCCCUGCAUCCUGCCCAUCGUCCGGGAUGGCCGGAAGGCCAGCAGCACCCACUACUAUCUGCUGCCUGAACGCCCACCCUACCUGCAGCGCUACCAGCGUUUUCUGCGCGAGACCCAGAGCCCAGAGGAGCCUGAGCCCCUGCCUGUGCCCCUGCUGCUGCCCCCGCCCAGCACCCCAGCACCCGCCGCCCCCACAGCCACCGUUCGGCCCAUGCCCCAGGCCGCCCCUGACCCCAAGGCCAACUUCUCUGCCAACAACAGCAACAGUGGGCUCUGGCUUCCUGCACUGCGGGCACCUGCUCGGCCGCAGCCUGGGGGCUGCCCUGCAGAGGGGCUGGCGGGAAAGAUCCAGAUGCUGCAGGCCAUGGUUCAUGGAGUGACCACGGAGGAGUGCCAGGAGGCCCUGCAGAGCCACAGCUGGAGCGUGCAGAGGGCGGCCCAGUAUUUGAAGGUGGAGCAACUCUUUGGGCUGGGUCUGCGGCCACGAGGCGAGUGUCACAAAGUGCUGGAGAUGUUUGACUGGAACCUGGAGCAGGCCGGCUGCCACCUUCUGGGCUCCUGUGGCCCCACGCACCACAAGCGCUGAGCUGUUUGCAGAGCCAAGGGUCUGCCUUGAAGAAAUCGUUUUGAGCCUGGCCAUGCACAAGGGCGGGGAGACGCCCCCCGCAUGACAGAAGGACCAGGUUCAAGAGUGCUCCCAGUGGCAGCACUACCCAGGCAGCCGGCAGUGGGAGCCCAGCCUUGCUCACCCCUCCCUCCCCCAGCGCUGCCCUGUAAUUGUGGUUCAGCCCUGAGUGCCGCUCUGCUCCAGGUGUAGGCAGGAGCACUGUGAGGGCAGCCCUGUGUCUGAGCUGCCCGCCGCUCCAGGCCCUUGGGAGGGCUGGAACUGGGCAGGGAGAAGGAAGUGUUGGCCACACAGGAAGGUGGGCUGGCAUCCAUGGGCCCUUCCCUGGGCCGAGUUCUUUGCUAAGGAGCCCCUGGCAAGCUUCUCUGGGUGGUUCGGUGAACUGUGACUAGUGGAUGCAUGGGGGACGUGGCUUAACUGAGGGCUUUAUGCCGUGAAAUCGUUAUAGGUGACUUUGGAAGUAGCGUCAGGGUGCCAGACCGUUCUCUGGCAGGGACCAAGGCCCAGAACCCCAGGUUGGCAAGACCAAGGGGGCGGCUGCCUAGGAGGGACACCAAUGCUUCCUCUGACCCAGCUCUACCCCCGUGCUGCUCUGUGUCAUCUCACCAGCCUGUCGCCAAAGUCGUCGCCCUAGCUAUGGAUAUGUGCUUUUCACAGAGAAAUAAAGCUGAUUUAUAUUUUA